ACAGUUGGCACCGCAAAACCCACCAAAACAACCCCACAAACGUCAAUCCUGAAAAUUUUGCUUGUAAUCGUCAAGACAAUUCAAGUUGUGUUAAAACACCCGAAAAGUCGCAAAAAUGCCUGACCACUUAGGAGAAGACAUGCGAAAAGUCAAAACCGACAAAGAAGAACCCGAGAAGGAAAUUAAAUCCCUCGACGAAGGCGACAUCGCCCUUUUGAAGUCAUACGGCCAGGGUCAAUACACCAAAACCAUAAAAACCGUCGAGGACGACAUCCAGACUAUAAUUAAACGGGUGAACGAACUCACGGGAAUAAAAGAGUCAGAUACGGGCUUAGCCCCACCGGCGUUAUGGGACUUGGCAGCCGAUAAACAAACCCUGCAGAAUGAACAACCGCUGCAGGUGGCUCGGUGCACUAAAAUUAUCAAUGCAGACACCGACGACCCCAAGUACAUCAUCAACGUGAAGCAGUUCGCCAAGUUUGUGGUGGAUUUGGCGGAUUCGGUGGCCCCCACGGAUAUUGAGGAAGGCAUGAGAGUUGGGGUGGACCGCAACAAGUACCAAAUCCACAUCCCCCUCCCCCCGAAAAUCGACCCCACUGUCACUAUGAUGCAAGUGGAGGAGAAGCCUGACGUCACUUAUAGUGAUGUGGGGGGCUGCAAGGAGCAAAUCGAGAAGUUGCGCGAAGUCGUGGAAACCCCCCUACUCCACCCCGAGAAAUUCGUCAAGCUUGGGAUUGAGCCCCCAAAAGGCGUUCUUCUGUUCGGGCCUCCAGGUACCGGCAAGACCCUCUGCGCCCGCGCCGUGGCUAAUCGCACCGACGCGUGCUUCAUCCGCGUCAUCGGCUCCGAGCUGGUGCAAAAGUACGUCGGCGAAGGCGCCCGAAUGGUCCGGGAGUUGUUUGAGAUGGCCCGCUCUAAGAAAGCUUGUUUGAUUUUCUUUGACGAGAUCGACGCUAUUGGGGGGGCGCGGUUCGACGAUGGAGCUGGGGGCGACAACGAGGUCCAGAGGACCAUGCUGGAGCUGAUUAACCAGCUGGACGGGUUCGACCCCAGAGGGAAUAUCAAGGUCUUAAUGGCCACUAACCGUCCCGAUACUUUGGACCCCGCGCUCAUGCGCCCCGGGCGCUUGGACCGGAAGGUGGAGUUCGGGUUACCGGACCUGGAGGGGCGCACCCACAUUUUUAAGAUCCACGCGCGGUCGAUGAGCGUGGAGAGGGAUAUUCGGUUUGAGCUGUUGGCUAGACUGUGCCCGAACUCCACGGGGGCGGAGAUCCGGAGCGUGUGCACGGAGGCGGGGAUGUUUGCUAUUAGGGCGAGGAGGAAGGUGGCGACGGAGAAGGAUUUUCUAGAGGCCGUUAAUAAGGUUAUCAAGUCGUAUGCGAAGUUCUCGGCCACGCCGAGGUACAUGACUUACAAUUAGGUUUUUUUUAGUGACUCUAAAUAUAAUUUUUUCGAA